AAAAACUUUUUGAAAAUGACGACCACCGCAGACCCUCUCACGGUUCUGCCCCCGGAGAUCGUCCUCCGUGUUUUGGAGUUCACGCCCGUCUCGGCCAUUGGCUCCCUGACCGCAGUCUCCAAGGCCUGGCACGGAUUCAUCGACGCCACACAUCAAGAAACGAUCUACGCCUCGAAAACUACCCAGCCGCCCGGCGCCCGCGAUUUCUCUUUCCUAUCCGAGACUACCUGCUAUUCGAAACUGUUUGAAGGUACGGAAUCAUGGAAGGAUCUGUGCAAGCGCCAGACGCUGCUGGCACGCAGCUGGGACGUCGACCCCGUCACCCGAGAGGCCGUUUUGCAAAUCGGCAAUGACCCUGUUUGGCGAUUCCGCGCCGACUUUAAGCGUCGAUUCUUCGUGUCGACGUCGCAGGCUGGAGGACUGAAUGUGACUGAUAUGGACUCUGGUCGGAUCUUAUGGCAGCUUCCUUCCACGCUGGAUCGUGAAGAGGAUGCGGUUCGCCCGUUCGCGCAUCUGGAAUACCAGGAUGGAAUGGCUGUGUUCGAUCGUGAAGGUGAUGCGGUUGAGGUUUGGAAGGCGGUUGACGACUGGAAAGAGAGCGAAGGGCGUGCGAAGCGUGGAGAGUUUGAGCGCAUCGCGAUCUUGGAUCAUGAUUGUCAGACCAGAGGUUUUCAGCUGUCACAUUGGACACUUUGUGUGGUUUCUACGGAAGGACAAGGUUUUGUCUAUGACAUGACAGAGCGUCCUCCAAGAAGGACUACGCAUCUGAAAAUUGAGAACGAGGCUGUUGGUCACCUGGAUCAGAGCAAGGAUGUUGUCAUUUACUCCAUGGGGGCACGAGGCUACCAUGCUUAUGACAAAAAGACAGGUGCAUUCUUGGGCGCGUUGGAGCCAUCGAAAUGUACAGAGAGACACCACAUCCGCGCACCCCCGAGCACUCGAGCUACGCGACACGGUCCGACAAAUAAACUAUCUGAACCUCGCAAAGACAGCCUUGUGCAGAUCAAGGUCGAAAAAGGCCCUCUGCCACCCUCGACCGACCCUGAGCAUGUCCGCAACACCGAAGAUGAAUGGGGGGCAGGUAUGAUCAACGGUGAUCUCUUUGUUGGCUUCUCCCGUGCCGGUCGUGCUUUUGUCUGUUCCAACUGGCGUAAGGCUCUUGAAACUAGCAUCGAGGCGCACAGCUCCGUCAUCGAGUGCGAGUCGGAUGGGUCGCGUUUCGAUCUAGGCGGUUGGCUGUCAGUACGGAACCACCGCUUGAUGUUUGAAAUCCAGGACCGGAUUUAUGUCGUCGCACUUGAUGACAACAACAAAGUUCAAGAUGUCGAUUCCGAUACUCCUCCCCGCGCCUCCUUCUCUCUCGUCACUAGCUCUUCGCCGCAACUUGCCGUCCCGGUCAGCUUUAUGGCUUUGUACGACGACGCAAUUAUGACUACUUAUACUACCCUCGGCUGGCGCCCAUCUCUCCCCGCUAUUCUAGGCGAUAUUCCUCCCGAGCAGCAAGGCCCUGCCCGUAUCUUCCCAACAAAAGCCAUCCGCAUCGUCAGUCUUGCACCUAUCCUCUCCGACAAGGCCGGGUCAACAAACGACGAAACAACCCAAGAAACAGACGGGGGUAUGUGGAAUCCCAACCAAGCAGCAGAGCAAAGAUUGGGCACACAUGCUGGACUGGUGGAGUUAAUUAGUAUGCUUGGGGAUGAAUUCGGGGGGGACGAUGACGAUGAUGAAAUUCAAGACGUCGAUUUCAAUGGUGGUCUCGGUGAGUGGGUGGAUGUAGAUUCGCAUGAUGAUUAUGAGGAGGAUGACGACGAGCAUGAGAACCAGAACCAACAACCGAACGAGCAUCAGGAAGCCUGAAUAAAGAAUAUGUAGUCCAGGAUAGAAUGAAUAUAUACAAAUUAUAAUUAGUAGUUCUAAGAUGGUUGUAGUAAAUUAGGUCUAGCUAAGAUAUAUAUUUCAUAUCCUCCCUAUCCUAACCAAAGUGAAUAGUUGUUUGCAAGAAUGAAAAGAGGAC